UUCCCAGUCCCGGGAGGCCGCCGCGCUACUGCGCGGACCGAGCCUUUUCCCGGCUCCAGACCGGCUCUGGACGUGAGAUCCCAGCCGCUUCUGGGGAGGAGAGGCGGGGGUCCUGCCGCCCCUUCCAAAGAUCUCACCGCAUCUCUGCUCCUAUCUCCAAGGACCAUGACCUCAGAGAUCCCCAGAAAGGGCCUUCUGAUGCUGCUGGUGGCCUUGGGCCUAACCAAGGGAGGUGUGGUAAAGGCCUCCAGGGAUCGGCUGGUGAACUGCACUUGUGAGAGCCCACACUGCAAGAAACCAACCUGUCAGGGGGCAUGGUGCACAGUGGUGCUGGUUCGCGAACAGGGAGGGCACCCCCAGGUCUCUCGGGGCUGCGGGAACAUGAACCAGGAACUCUGUUUGGGACGCCCCACAGAGUCUUUCAAUCACCACUGCUGCUAUCGAUCCUUCUGCAACCACAAUGUGACCUUGGUGCUGGAGGCCACCCCAACUCCUUCGGAGGGGUCAACAAAUACCUACCUGCCUCUGAUCUUGGGUCCCGUGCUGGCCUUGCUAGUCCUGGUGGUCUUGGGUGCUCUGGGCUUGUGGCAUGUCCGGCGAAGGCAGGAGAAGCAGCAGGGUCUGCACAGUGACCUGGGCGAGUCCAGCCUCAUCCUGAAGGCGUCCGAACAGGGAGACAGCAUGUUGGGGGACUUCCUGGACAGCGACUGCACCACUGGCAGUGGCUCGGGACUCCCCUUCCUGGUGCAGAGGACAGUAGCCCGGCAGGUCGCACUGGUGGAGUGUGUGGGAAAGGGCCGAUAUGGCGAGGUGUGGCGGGGUUCAUGGCACGGCGAGAGUGUGGCUGUCAAGAUUUUCUCCUCACGGGAUGAACAGUCCUGGUUCCGGGAGACGGAGAUCUACAACACAGUUCUGCUUAGGCACGACAACAUCCUAGGCUUCAUCGCCUCUGACAUGACCUCGCGCAACUCCAGCACGCAGCUGUGGCUCAUCACCCACUACCACGAGCACGGCUCCCUCUAUGACUUUCUGCAGAGGCAGACGCUGGAGCCCCAGUUGGCCCUGAAGUUAGCCGUGUCCGCGGCCUGCGGCCUGGCACACCUGCAUGUAGAGAUCUUUGGCACUCAAGGCAAACCAGCCAUCGCCCAUCGUGACCUCAAGAGCCGCAAUGUGCUGGUCAAAAGCAACUUGCAAUGUUGCAUUGCAGACCUGGGACUGGCUGUGAUGCACUCCCAGGGUAGUGACUACCUGGACAUUGGCAACAACCCCCGAGUGGGAACCAAGAGGUACAUGGCACCCGAGGUGCUGGAUGAACAGAUCCGAACCGACUGCUUUGAGUCAUACAAGUGGACGGACGUUUGGGCCUUCGGCCUAGUGCUGUGGGAGAUUGCCCGGCGGACCAUCAUCAAUGGCAUUGUGGAGGAUUACAGGCCGCCCUUCUAUGACAUGGUACCUAAUGACCCCAGCUUUGAAGACAUGAAAAAGGUGGUGUGUGUUGACCAACAGACCCCCACCAUUCCUAACCGGCUGGCCGCAGAUCCGGUCCUCUCCGGGCUGGCCCAGAUGAUGCGGGAGUGCUGGUACCCCAACCCCUCUGCUCGCCUCACCGCGCUGCGCAUCAAGAAGACUUUACAGAAGCUCAGCCACAACCCAGAGAAGCCCAAAGUGAUUCACUAGCCCAGGGUCGCUGGACUCCUUCACCUGAGGCGUGUGGUGAGGUAGAAGAUGAACCCUAUCUGGGUAGAGGUAGUGCAAGUGUGCACGCUGUCCUGUGUGUGCCUGCCCAGCUUGGCCCCCAGCCCAUCCAGUCAAAAAUACAACUGGGCUGAAAUUCGAUCUGCCUCUGUCUGGCCUGCUCAAAGUGGCGGGCUCUCUGACGCCUGGAUGGACUUCCCAUCCCCAAAGCCAGCAGACUACACCCCUGCCACUCCCAGGGCAGGGUAGCCAAGCCAGAGAACCCCGGGCUCAAAUCCUGAGCUUGCAAUCUCUCCUACCCUUGGUCAACCUUUCUGCCCCACCGGAGCUGCCAGAAUGGCACGGGGCCCUGUCCAGCUUCAGCAGACACUCCAUCGUGCCAGGGCCCAGUGGGAGAGACGCAGCGGCCUCAGUUUCUCACUGUGGGUUUUUAUCACUUCAAUGAUGCCUUUCCUGACUAGACACUGACUAUUGAAUGCCAGUCUCUCAGGUGAAGUGGCACCUGAUCCUGCCACCCUCUGUCCCCUUACCAUCCCAGCUGACUCAUGAGGGUAUCAAAAUCCAAGGGUCUUCUGAGGAGAAGGAAGGUCGAAAUUGCUGGAGAAGAGCCAGCAUUGCUCUGUUCGAUAGAAGAGGGACCUGUCUGUCUUAAGAUCUUAGAUUUGGCCCGGGUAUCCUUUGAGGCUUCUCUGACCCCGAUUUUCGCUGAAGCUCAGCAUGCAUAAAAGCUCAGUCCAUCAGUCAUCAACUGCUCCUGUCCCCCUCCCCAGUCGUUUGCCUCAAGCUGGGGUGUGGAAUAACUCUGGGUCCAGGACAACCUAAAGCAGCUCCUGGUCCACUCUCCAAACCCCAGUUCUUUCCUGCAGCUAUACUAGUGGCCACCCUGGGACGCGGCAGCACUGGACCCUCUGACUCCCUCUGUGGCUUGGCCUUCUUUGUCCCAGGACUCAGGAGUGGUUUCCAAGACUGAAAAGAAACUUGGCUCUUGUCAAGAAGCCUCCAGCUACCAGGGUUCUGCUCCCUCCUGGCCUUGACUCGUCCAGGCCCCAGAAAGUGGACCUCAGGAGAACCUGGCCUAGAACAACACCAGAAGCCUGGUAUUUAGACAUGUGAGGGGUAUACACUCAUGUGCUGACAAGGGCAAAUGAAGCCUGGGUGGAUAGACUGAAGAGAAGUGGUUUACAGCAAGGCUUGGGGGGGGGGGGGCUCAGGCAAGAGACAAGAUCAUCCUCAAUUUUAGGAAGACCUGGCCUAGCUGGCCACACACACACACACACACACACUCCCCAUGAGUGUCUCUGUUGUAUGUCCUCCCAUCAUCGUUUUUCUCAAUGUACAAGGACCAAGGAGAACCAGGAAAUGAAACUAUAUGAAAACAGAAGGUAGACCAGCGUUUCCCAGACCAGUGGGGCACAGUGGAUGAUUCUCUGGUGACUGCAGCCAGGGAAUCGCCUUCCCGCCUGGAGGAUUUUAUUUCUACUGGACUUGGGAACAAACUCCUCCUUGGACUCCACAGCCAGAAACUGAAGACAGCAGCUCUUCCAGGGCUAGGAAAUCCUAAGCGGAGAGCUGCGGAAGGACGGUUUGCCUGACGGGGACUUAGAAAAGAAAGGGGCUCUCUAGGGACAGCUAUGUCCAAAUGCUUCUAAGUGCAGAUGUAUGGAUGAAACCUGCCUUUCUGUACUUAAAGUUACAGUUUAUGGGAGCAUUUAGCUGGUGAAUGCAGGUCGUAGGGCCUGAAUAAACCUUAGUU